AGAACUCAGGGCUGCCAAGCGUUUCUGCAUGGUGCGUUCACUGACUUCUGGACAUUAAAAGCAAAACAAAGCAGUUUUUCCAGAGAGAAUGUCGAACACCAGAACUGAUCCAUAUAUGAUUUAUUGAUUGAAUAGUGUCAACUUUUUUUUCCUGAAAAACUGCUUUGUUUUUCUGCAGAUUGUAUAAAAAUGACAAAAAUCUAGUAGCCAACUGAGUUGGGCCGAGUGGCUGUUUGGGUCCGCUAAUGUUCAGAGCUCAGUGAACGCAUCAUUCGCAGACACUUGUUGGUCAAUCAAUCUGUUUGGUCAUUGGUUUUAGGGAAAUAAAGGAUGGAGGGCUGGUGCAUGAGACCAGGUUAGGAGCGUAGACCCACUAAUAAAUAAAAAAAAAACUAAAAAAAACUACUUUUGUGUAGUAUUCUUUUGUUGUUUUUAUUGUCAAUCCCAAAAUAAAGAGACUUAAAGCAGGUGAAGUCUCAGCAUCUCAGUGUGAGACUUUGUUUUCUUGUUAAAACUUGAUAUCAUCUCGUUAUAAUGAGAAAACAAUUAAAAAAAACGUGGGGCCACUCCAUAGUGUAUUGUUUUCUUCCAUCAUUCAAGUGCCUUUUUCCUUCUUUAGUAACACCUGAAUACAUUACAGACAUUUUUAAUCAGGGUAACUAUUUUCUAAAAUACAACCAUUGCAGGGGGCUCCUUUUUACUGUUCGCCCUGGGCCCCCAAACUGUCAACUCCGCCACUGGAUUUUAUAAACUCUGGAAGUGAGAUUGCUGCUGUUUGGUAAUGAGAGCUGUCCAUGGUGCUGAACAAGUAAUCCAACACUUGUGUCCAAAAGUCUGGUGGUUUGACUAAGAUCUUCCAUGAGAAGAUUAAUCACCUCAACACACCCAGGAGGAUUAUGGUCUGCAUGAAAACAAGGGUCGUGAUGCCUCAAACAGGAGGUCACAACUUUUUUUUUUCUUUUUUAAUAUAUAAUUUAUGAGUUCAGUAACUAUAUCAUGACAUCACAGCCAAUAGGAAGGCUCGUGGCAAACCAAAAUGUCAAGGAGAUGACGUUGUUGCUGGCGUAGGGCUGCAGUUUGAUGGCUCCUACUAAACGAAAGCUGUGGGGAAUGGACGCAGACAGACACUCCGCUCUGCUGACCUCCGCGCGCGCGCAGACUGGUGCAGGCGGACUUUUCCACGCGGGGACAGACUGUGGCACACUAUUUCUUCACCAAAGGACCAGCGUGAGGACCCAGCAUGCUGAAGACUCUGCUGCUGCUCUCGGUCCUUUGCGCACCGACCUCCAGCCUGUGCCUGCGCGUCUACCCGACGCGCUCCGGUCUCCUCUGCAACAUGGCAAUCGGGGUCGACAAAAGCGAGCCCGACUACUCCCCAACAGACGGGUGGGGGUCCCUCCUGCAGUCCGCGGAGUACCUCUCCUCCUCCUCCUCCUUAUCCGCUGAAUCCAGUCGGGAAAAAAGGACUUCCAGCCCCGCAAACUACCGCUUCAUGAGCCGGACCAAGCUCAGAGGGCAGAUGCUGCGCAACAACGGGGACCGCAGGAGUAGACUGACGCUGUCUCUGGACGUCCCGACCAACAUCAUGAACGUCCUCUUCGACGUGGCCAAAGCCAAAAACCUGCGCGCAAAGGCGGCGGAGAACGCGCGUCUCCUGGCGCAGAUUGGACGCAGAAAAUGAAGGAAAACGGACAAUUCUCCUGAAGGAACUUUAAAAAUACAGAUAAACAUGACUUCAAAUACAUGAGUAAUUUGCUCUAAAGUUUAAUCUCUGUAAGUUUGCGCUUUUCUUUCCAUGCUUAGAGCACUGAGAGGGAGAAAGAAAAAAACUUUUAAUUUGAAAAUAUUUAAAUGCCUUCAAUGUAUGAAGACUAAAACUCCCAAAUUAAAAGACUUUCCAAAGCUGUGAUUGAUAAAUAAAUUAUAUCCAUAGUGCAUUUAUGUUUAAAAAAAUGUGUUUUACUGAAACGACAAAUAUUUUUGUUGAAUUUUAAUUGUGUCCAGACAAAUGAACUUUUAUUUAGUGCGAUUUAUAUAAUUUAAAUCAUCAUUUGUUGCAUGUCCAAUGCUUUUCCAGCUUUUAAAUAAAAUGGAUAUGAAUAAUGACAAAGCACUUUUGUUAUCAGAGGGUUUUGCUUUUCAUUUUUCCUUUAAAAAGGUAUUUUCAUUAACAUUUUAUGUUAAUAAUUGCUGUAUUUUUUAAUUUUCUUAAGUUUUUUUUCCUGUUGGCUAAAAUAUUUUUGUCUUUCUAAAUGUUUAAAUGGACUACCCAUAUCAAAAUAUUAAAAAAUGGUAAUAAACAGAUAAAAAAAAUACAUCAACAAUGACAAAAAUGUAUAAACCACUUGUGCGAUUCAGUAAAACUGCAAAUGCAUGUGAAUGUAUGUGUGUUCAUCAGAUGUGUCUUAUUUUUAUACUCAAAAUAAAGGAUUAUUUUUCCUCAAAUAAAGCAUACCUAACUACCCACA